AUGGAACUGCAACGUGUGAUGUCUCAGAACAGAAUCUGCAUUGAGUAUUCAAUCAUUAUUAUUGAGAAUUAUCCAAUAAGCAAUUUAGAAACUUUUAAUAUAAUUUCUCAUUCAUCCUCCAAUGUAGUAAUACUUUGUUCUAGCUCAGAGAAUUAUAAUUUGCUCUCUUUUCUAGAAGAUUUUCCAAACCUAAGGAAAGUAUUUAUAUUAUUUGGAACUUUUCAAUUUCAUAAGGUUAGGACCACGUUUGCUCUUAAUGGGUCACUUUUGAUCCAUUUUCACAAAGGGGAGAUUCCUGGUCUGAAGGAUUUUUUGCUCAGUGUGAGCCCCGAGAGUUACCCAAAAAACAACAUUUUACAUUAUUUUUGGAAGGACAACUUUGGUUGUUUACCUAAUAUGCUUGAAAAUGUCAAAGAAUUCCAAGCACCUCCAUGUAACGAGACAUAUAGUCUGCGAGCUGUCAGUCCCUCUCUGUAUGACGUGGACAAUUUCCGGUACACCUUCAGUUUUUACUCUGCGGUUUACUCUCUGGCUCAUGCACUGCAAGCAAUGUAUUCCCACGGGAGUGGACAGGGUGUGGAGAAACGGGUGGCAUGGCAGAUUAACAGAUACCUGAAGAAUAUACGGUUUACUACACCGGGAGGAGAGGAGAUACGCUUUGAUAAUGGAGACAUUCCAGCCAAGUUUGAUUUAUUAAAUGUCAUCUUUCUGCCUGACAAAAGUUUACAAAAGAAGCAUGUCAGACAUAUUUAUGGCGAUGGACAGGAUUAUCAACUUCAAAUGAAGUCCAGCAGUGCCAUCAGCUCAGAACUGGCAGAAACAAGUGGAACCCAAGUACUCCCAUCUACUGUUCAGGGAAGUCUGGCCAGAAGUGCUCUUCAUGGAAGAACUGCAGACAAAAGAUAUACCUUCAGUGUGGAAUCAAGACCAAGCACCUCAACAAUGCAGGAAAACAUAGGAACGGGUGCAGAAAAACAUGACUGUAACAGAAGGCAGUUUGUGCACCAAAAGGCUUUACAGAGGUGCAAUAAUGAGUGUCUGCUGGCAACAGUAAAGCAUGGUGGAGGUUUCUUGCAAGUUUGGGGAUGCAUUUCAACAUAUGAAGUUAUGGAUUUGGAUAAUGACCUCAAACAUACAGCCAAUGUCAUUAAGAACUAUCUACAGCAUAAAGUAGAAAAAGGAGUCCUGGAAGUGGAGACUCCCCGCUCUGUGUGCACUGAGAGCUGCUUCCCUGGAUAUCAAAAAAGUCAGGACAGACCUCGACAAUCUUGCUGCCACUACUGUGUCCGUUGUCCGGAGGGCGAGAUCUCCAACACGACUGAUAUGGAAAUAUGUUUGAAGUGUCCUGAGCAUCAGUGGUCAAAUGACAGAAGAGACGCCUGUAUAGAGAGAACAGUCGAGUUCCUAUCUCAUGGAGAGAUAUUGGGAGCAUCUCUUAUUUCCAUUGCUCUAUUAUUCUGUUGCCUGACUGCUGUAAUCUUAGGCAUCUUUAUCAAAUACAGAGAUACAGCUGUGGUGAGAGCCAACAACCAGAACCUCAGCUUCAGCCUCCUCCUCUCACUCAUCUUAGCGUUCCUGUGUCCUCUGAUAUUUAUUGGACGCCCCACAGAGAUGUCCUGUCUCCUCAGACAAGUGGCUUUUGGGAACAUUUUUACUCUUGCUCUCUCCUCACUUUUGGCCAAAACUGUCACCGUUGUCCUUGCCUUCAGAGCCACCAAACCCGACCAGAAGCUGAUGAGGUGGCUGACCAGACAUUCAUCGAGACUGCUACUUGUCAUCUACUCCUUUGGGGAGGCUGUGAUCUGUGCCCUCUGGCUAUGCUUAUCUCCACCAUUCCCAGAUUAUGACACCCAGGCAGAGGUUGGGAAGAUGAUAUUACAGUGUAAUGAAGGUUCUGUCGCUGCAUUCUACAUUGUGAUUGGCUACAUGGGAGGUUUGGCUGCCUUAUGCUUUAUUGUGGCAUCUUUAGCCAGGAAGCUGCCAGAUACAUUCAAUGAGGCUCAGUACAUCACAUUCAGCAUGGCAGUCUUCUGCAGUGUCUGGGUCGCCUUCAUCCCAGCCUACCUCAGUGCCAAGGGGAAAUACACGGUGGCUUUUGAGGUAUUUGCCAUUUUGGCUUCCAGUGCUGGACUCCUGGGCUGUAUCUUCAUCCCUAAAUGUUAUAUUAUUCUUAUCAGACCAGAUUUAAACAUCAGGGCCAAUUUAAUCUCAAGAAGAAUUUGA